AUGGGUUUAGAUUUUUCAAGUAUCAAAUGGUUUAGAAUUGUUCUUGAUGAAGCACAUUACCUGAAGGAUCCAAGGACAAAUAGGAGCAGCGUAAUUCUUGGAUUGGAAGCAGAACGACGAUUAUGCCUUACUGGGACUCCUUUGCAAAAUCAACUGGGAGAUCUCCACAGCUUAAUAAAGUUUAUCAGAAUUGAACCAUGGACAGAAAAUUCAAUCUGGAAGAAUUGUAUCGAAUCCCCCGUCGAGAUGUGUGAUCCCCGUGGAAUUUCAACAUUACAAACAAUUAUGAACCGAAUUAGUAUGAGGCGAUUGAAAACCACUAUCUUAUCUCUCCCUGAGAAAAUUGAAACCAUUAUCAACCUUGCGCUCAAAACUCCGUGGAAUGAAACAUACGAAAGAAACCACAAAGCAUUUUCAGAUCAAUUUGGGAAGAAUCGGAAGGGAGGACAAGGUUGGAACUCAAGCAGUUUCUUUGCCGAUAUUAUGGAUUUAAGACAGCUGUGUAAUCAUCCAGCAUUGACUGAAAAAGGAAUUGGCACAAAAAAAUACUCCUGGAAUGAAAGCUCAAAAAUUGUCCAUUUGGUGCAAGAUCUGAAGUUGUUCCUGGCAAGCGGUGCUCAAUUCCGUGCAGUUAUUUUUUCGGAGUUCAAAAGGUUUCUGGAAAUGUGA